AUGUCUCAUAUGAUGAAUCAAAUGAAGUAUCAAAUGAAUAAAGAUAAUAAACAAAAAGUUUUAUGUGUCUGUGAAACAUGUUUAAUUAAUUCAAAUGGAGUUGGAAGAUAUGUACAUUAUACAACAAAAAAUAGACAUCAGAAUAAAGCAAAUUUGAAUAAAGAAAUUGGAAUGUCAAUAGAAAGUAACUCAAGCUCUAAUUCUGUAUCAAGUUCUGAAAAUAAUUACCUAAUGUCUUUAGAUGAUAAUUUAUUAGCAAAAGAAGAGGCAGGUGGUUACUUAAGUGAUAAUAUUG